UCUUUCCGUUGUAGAAUGGUAUUGCCAAUUGAACAGAUGACACCAUAAUCGGAGUAGCAGAGUAGCGGAGUAGCGGAGUAGCGAGGAAGCUAAUCUUCACAAGAGAAGCCGUGAAUAUGGUACUCGAUUCGAACAUCACAAUUGCUACAGAUCUGGUCAAUGAUGACAACGACACGGCCAGAGAAGUGUUAGAAGUGACACGAUUCGUCGUCCAAAAAAUCCUAAGUCCAACAGUGUCAACCAUUGGUUUUGUGGGCAACACUUUGAGUAUAAUCGUUCUGAGUCGGCGCCGUAUGCAAAGCUCCACCAAUGUUUACCUUACUGCUUUGUCGGUGUGCGAUCUCCUUUAUUUAUUCUUUAUGGUCACUCUAAACUUUGUUCAUUGUUCUUACCAGCAGCAACCAAAGUUUGCGUUUUAUUACAUGCCAUAUGCCAGAGUUCUCACCGACCUCUUCGGCAACAUGGCCGUUUGGUUGACGGUGUCGUUUACCGUGGAAAGAUACGUAGGCGUUCGUUAUCCCAUGAGGGGUCGCAUAUGGUGUACUGUACACCGAGCAAAAAUGAUAUCUUUUCUAGUAUUUAUAAUCUGUUUGAUCAACACGAGCCCAGAACUUUUCGAAAUGGAGAUUCUUGAGAAGAAACUAUCAACAUACAAUCAAACAGUGGUGUUCUUUGUCUGUCACAACACAAAGUUCGCCCAAUCUGAUAGUUACCAAAUCGGAUAUUAUUGGUGGUUUGUGUCUUUCUUUACUUUCAUUCCAAUGAUCUUGCUGUCCGUCUUCAACAGUCUACUAAUACGCAUUGUUUGGAAGUCUUCUGUGAUUCGCCGAUCAUUAGCCAAUUCGAACGUAACUGGUCAAGCACAGCGCCAUGGAAGUGGUCAAAACAGGAUAACAAUCAUGUUGAUUAAUGUGGUCAUUAUCUUUCUUGUCUGCCAGUUGCCCUGGACUGGUCUUCUCCUUUACCGAACUUAUAUGGAUGCAAAUGGUAUUCGAGUUAGAGAUUCAAUGCUGAAAAUUUUUGGAAAUAUCGCAAAUCUUCUUGUGCAGAUGAACGCCGCCAGCAAUUUCUUCCUCUACUCUUUCUUCAGCGGUGAAUUCCGUCAGACUCUGAAAAACCUGCUCAGUUGCGACGAUAAGAAGCGGAAUUCGAUCGUGGUGGAGACAACUAUUACAGGAACACCGAUCAGGCGUCCAUUGUUCGCCGAGAGCAACUCAAACAACAGUACUGGCUUUCGUGAACGCGCCUAUUCAACCUUUUAUUAAUAAUAACUGCCAGAUGAUUGGUUCCUGCUUCAUAUUUAUCGAUUUUUUUUUCACCCCUCUUUCUCCAUUGUUUACUUUUGCCCUCGUGUCACUAAAGCGAAGAUAUGCCCCCGCCACCACCACCAAACAAAAAAAAAUCUCAAGAGCUGGAUUAUAGAUUAUGAAAACGAAAGGAAAUGAGAAAACAUAUACCAGUUUAUAUGCACUUCGAUACAUACCAGAAAAUCAGUAUGAUUCAUAUGCGUGUGUUUAUUAUAU